GCUAUAUUGGUCUAUCCGCUCUGUGUAUGGUUGAAUCUCAGCUGAGGUGCUGGUCCUGGAUCUUGGAGCUCGUAUCUAGCACAAGCUCCUCCUCCGCUCGUCCUCCAAGUGGUGGAAUGUGGUCCAAGUCAUGAUGCCAACACUCACAUCUGUGUUCAAUAGUCAGAUGAAAGAAAGCCACGGCCACGGGAAAACCUAGCACCGCCCAAAAGAAAACUGAUGAGAGAUUGGAGCCCUCUCCGAAGAAUGACGAGGGUAGCAUCUGAUAAAGAGCAGCAGGCCCAGGUCAGCAAGAGGCAAUUCGAGGCAGUUGUGUGCACUUUUCCUUGAGCAUCUUUGAGCAUCUAAUCAUUACUUAAUCCAUAAUUGUUGAACUCGGCUCAACAUGCUCUCGUUUAAGACCUUUCCUUUGCUCUUGAGUCUGUUACCAGCCACCUUGGCUGCAACGGUGACAUAUAAUUGGAGCGUUGACUUCGUCAACGCCGCCCCAGACAACUUCACUCGCCAGGUAAUUGGGAUAAAUGGGAAAUGGCCAUGUCCCGCAAUCGAAGCGAAUGUGGGCGACCAAGUUGUGGUUGUCCUAACCAAUAAUUUGGGCACUCAGUCGACGGGUCUGCAUUUCCAUGGCUUGAGUCAAUUCGGCACCCAAGUAAUGGACGGUCCUACUGGAGUCACGCAAUGUCCCAUCCAGCCCGGAGCAACCUUCACAUACAGCUUCACUAUCGAUUCGCCAGGAACUUAUUGGUAUCAUUCCCAUAAUAUGGGACAGUAUCCCGAUGGGUUGAGAGGUCCUCUGAUUAUCCAUGAUCCCAAUGAUCCCUAUGCUGGGGACUAUGACGAGGAAUUUGUUCUCACCGUGGGAGAUUGGUACCACACACCAGUGCCAACGUUGAUUGAUCAAAUGUUGACCACUUCAAACACUCAUUUUCUUCCGCCCUUUCCUGAUGCUAUUGUGGUCAACGACUCAAGCUCUGCCACGCUUAAUUUCCAGGCGGGAAAGACUUACAAAGUCAGAAUUAUCAGUCUGGCAGCUUUCGCUGCCGUCAUGCUUCAAUUUGACUCCCAUACCAUGAGGGUUAUUGAGAUCGAUGGCUCCUACGUGCAAGAGCAUGACGCGUACCAGAUCCGUGUUGCGCCCGCCCAAAGAUACACUGUACUUCUUAAUGCACAAACUUCCGUCAGAAGAAACUAUGCGUUCUUGGCGUCACUUGACAUGAACCGGGAUUAUUCUACGGGGGGAGCAACCAACAUCUGGCCAUUCAACAUAAGCGGCACGAUCCUGUACGAUGCUACAAAGGGCCCAGCUCCCGCAUUCGUCGUGCCCAAAUGGUCGCCUCAGGAUGACGCCACUCUCGUGGCAUUGGAUAAUCAGCCACUCCUUGGCGAGCCAAACGUGGUUGAUGCCGACAUUACAUUGGACUUCAAUUUCGGAUUUGAUGUUAAUGGAAUACCCAGAGCGUUCCUCAACAACAAAACCUAUAUUCCACAGAAAGUGCCAUCCUUGUAUACUGCAUACACUACAGGGAGCUCAAAUAGCAAUCCUGUAAUCUAUGGAGACGUCAAUCCCUUCGUGGUCAAUAAAGGCGAUAUUGUGCAGAUCGUUCUAAACAAUCUUGAUGCCGCAAUCCACCCGUUCCAUCUGCACGGUCAUCAAUUCCAAGUCUGCCAGCGGCCCGCAAGUGGCAAGGGACUGUACACAGGGCAGGGCAGAAACUUCCCCGCCGUACCUCCGAAAAGAGACACCAUCGCAGUCAAUGCUGAUAGCUAUGUUGUGAUCCGCUUCCAGGCCAACAAUCCAGGUGUUUGGUUGUUCCAUUGCCAUAUCGAAUGGCAUGUCAUCAUGGGCCUCUCGGCAACCAUCAUCGAGGCUCCCACAGAGCUUGUUGGGCUGCCGGUUCCAGCGGACCAUUUGGCGGUUUGCAAAGCACAAGGAAUCCCAACUGCUGGUAACGCUGCUGGAAACACCCAGAAUUACACGGACCUCACGGGUGCUAACACCGUGCCACCGUUCCCAGACAAUGGAGCGCUCUAUCCCAGACAGUUGCCUCAGAUUGGUGCAAUGAGACGUGAGAAGCGCACUGCACUGGCCAGACGG